ACGCUCUUGAAGAGCGCUUUAUUUGUUCCGUUCAGCGAUUACCCACCUUGUUUUCCUAGCCGGUCGGGUUAACUUGGAUAGCUUCGAGUUUAUUGUGACACUUUCCCCGAAUCGGCGCUCUUUAUCGAAGCGUGUGUGACAAACAUAAAUAACCAGUGUGAUUUGGGUGUUCAUGAAAAAGAGUGCGCGGAAAGACAUACGAAAUGACCACCCGCUUUAUGGAUAUACUAAAGCUGACCUUUAAGGUGCUCAGUUUUAAGUAUGAGCAGCGCAAGUUGGCCACAAGCAUAUAUUCUGUGAUAAAGACGAAGUUGGGACCUGUUCGCGGAGUAAAAAGGAACACAAUUUGGGGCGAAAGCUACUUCAGCUUCGAGAAGAUACCCUUCGCAAAGCCCCCGUUGGGAGAACUUCGAUUCAAGGCCCCGGAACCAGUGGAACCAUGGGAUCGGGAAUUAGACUGCACUUCGGCGGCAGAGAAGCCCCUGCAAGCACACCCGUUAUUCCGAAAGUACGCGGGCUCUGAGGAUUGCCUCUACUUAAAUGUUUAUGCUAAGGAUUUGCAACCGAGUAAACUUCGACCUGUGAUGGUUUGGCUUUAUGGAGGAGGAUUUCAAGUUGGAGAGGCCUCUCGCGAUAUGUACAGUCCCGACUUUUUCAUGUCGAAGGAUGUUGUUAUAGUCACUGUGGCCUAUCGACUAGGAGCCUUGGGCUUCCUGAGCUUAGAUGAUCCUCAGUUAGAUGUGCCCGGAAAUGCCGGCCUCAAGGAUCAAAUCUUGGCCCUUCGAUGGGUUCAGCAAAAUAUCGAGGCUUUCGGCGGUGAUCCUAAAAAUGUGACACUCUUUGGCGAGAGUGCUGGAGGAGCAUCCACCCACUUCCUCACACUAUGUCCCCAAACCGAGGGACUUAUCCACAAAGCCAUCAUUAUGUCGGGCAGUGUUUUGUGCCCCUGGACACAGCCACCGAGGAAUAAUUGGGCCUAUCGCCUGGCCCAGAAAUUGGGAUACACUGGCGGUAAUAAGGAUAAGGCCAUCCUUGAGUUCCUGAAAUCAGUGAGUGGUGGCGAGAUUGUUAAGGCCUCCGGGACAGUCCUCAGCAAUGACGAAAAGCAUCACCGAAUUAUGUUUGCCUUUGGACCUGUUGUAGAACCCUACACCACCGAGCACACUGUGAUUGAUAAAUCACCCCGAGAUCUAAUGAAUAAUAGCUGGAGCGACAGGGUGCCCAUGAUGUUCGGAGGCACCAGUUUCGAGGGACUGCUUUUCUAUGCAGAGGUUUCAAGGCGGCCAGCAACCCUGGAUGAGGUGGGAAACUGCAAAAACAUGCUGCCGAACGAUCUGAGCCCCAAUUUGGAUCCCAAGCUGCGCGAAAACUACGGAUUGCAGUUGAAGAAGGCUUACUUCGGCGACGAACCCUGCAACCAGGCCAACAUGAUGAAGUUCCUGGAACUGUGCUCAUACCGCGAGUUCUGGCACCCCAUUUAUAGGGCUGCUUUGGCUAGAGUCCGCCAGUCCAGUGCUCCCACCUAUCUAUAUCGCUUUGAUCACGAUUCAAAAUUGUGCAAUGCCAUCAGGAUUGUGCUUUGUGGUUAUCAGAUGCGAGGUGUUUGCCAUGGCGACGACAUCUGCUAUAUAUUCCACAGCAUGCUGUCCCACCAAUCAGCGCCAGAUUCACCGGAAUACAAGGUAAUCACCGGAAUGAUCGACGUUUGGACGAGUUUCGCCGCCAACAGUGAUCCCAACUGCGAAAGUAUAAAGUCUCUGAAGUUCGCUCCCCUCGAAAACGAAACGGAUUUCAAGUGCCUCAAUAUUAGGGAGCAGUUCGAAGUAAAAGAUCUCCCUGAAUUGCAGAAAAUCAAAUCAGUGUGGAACAGUUUUUACGCCCCGAAUCAACUGUAGAUGCAGUGCAUUAAAAGUAGGGGUAUUAUAGCUUUAGCUGUCUCAAUUCCAUGGAUUUGGAUGAUCUUAAUUUGUGUAAAUACUCUGUACAUAUGUUAUGGUUAUUUUAAGUUUGAGAUGUUAGAUGUUUAAUAUGAAAUAUUUUGUUUAGGGUUACCAUGACAUAGAUUCGAUCUUACAGGGUCUAUUAAGAAAAUAAAUCUAUAAUUACAUUUUUUAUACAAGGCAAAAAA